AUGCAGCCGAGAAACCUUCCAGCCGGUCCAGCCAGACAGAUGGGUUUCUAUGGUUCGGACAAAGUAGGACCGGGUGCUGUCCUGUGCGUCGCAAACCCAAGUAUCCGUGACUACACAGUACAGAGGUGUUUUGUGAGGUGGGGAGGAGGAGGAGAGGCGGAUGAUGGACCAGCCAGCACUCCGGCCUGCUUCCGUAGCUGCUCCGUUGAUCAGGGCCACUCACCCGAGAAACGACAAGAAAGAGAUGCUCAGCUCUACGCCUCAAACAGGAUACCUGGGGCUCUUGACGAAGACCUGUGGAACCUACAUUCCUUCCGAUACGAGAGGGACUCGCCUUUUGCCGACAAGCAAUGCGGACUGCAAAGAAGACGAUUGCCAUGUCGUCACGGAGAAGGGUUGAUGCUUUUCGCUCGAAAUACCCUUUUGACCAGGGCCCUGAUCGUCCAGCAGAUUGUCCCCUGCCACCAGGACCCUGAAUAG